ACUCAUCUGCACAUGUGAGUGUAAUUAUUUCUUCUGGUCGCUGAUCGGAUAGUCUGUCAUCUCAAAUAACUAUUUAAUGAAAUUUUCCAAAUUAUAUCCCUUCUUGUUUUCCUAUAAUUUCAUAAAUAACAGUGUUUUUUCUUCUUGUGUUAGCUUGAAUUUUUAUAAUUCACUUAGAAGCUCUUCUAAUUCCCUCUAUUUUUCGAAAACUAAUCCUAGUGCCUUUGUUUUACCCUCUACAUUGUAUAUAAAGAGGCUUAAAAUGUCAGAAUCUUCAAGAGCCCCUCAAAAACAUUUACUUGAUGUGAAGGCUCGAUAUGUCGGUGAGCCUGGAACCAAAUCGUUCAGGGUAGAGUUUGUUAACUCUUCCGGUAAGAAUGUUUCGCCGUGGCAUGACUUACCCCUUUCUCCUUCCGAGGGUCAUGUGACUAUGGUAGUUGAGAUCCCUCGUAACACCAGGGCCAAGAUGGAGAUUGGGACUGGACUGGAACAUAAUCCUAUAGUCCAGGACUUGUUCGCAGAUGGAAGCCUGCGUGACUUGGACUGUCCCAUGUACUGGAACUAUGGUGCUAUUCCUUGUACCUGGGAAGCUCCAGUUCCCUACGAGCACCGUUACAAAGAUGAUAACGGUGAAGAGCGGAGGAUGAGUCUUGUAGGCGACAAUGACCCGCUUGACGUGGUUGAUGUCGGUAGGAAGACUCUUAAGGUUGGGGAUGUCGUGGCAAUGAAGCCUGUUGGAGCCCUUGCUCUCAUAGACCAGAAGGAGAUUGACUGGAAAAUCCUCGCAGUUUCUCCAGACGACGAGCAUUACUCAAAUAUAAACGAGUUGGAAGAUGUUGAUAAGUUCUACCCGGGUACCACAACCGGAAUCCUUGAGUUUUUCAGGUGGUACAAAACCCCUAGGGGAAAACCUCUAAACGAGUUCCUUCCCAAAAAGACCUUUGUCUCAAGGAAGGAAGCCAUGGAAAUAUUAGAACAAACCGGCGAACACUACAAGCAGUUAUUGCAGGGAACACUAAAACAUAAUUUAUGGACACAUUAAUCUUGUUACUAUUAA